CUAACAAAUACCAUUGCACCCAGAGUGAAAUAUCUCACGUCAAUAAUUAUAUGGAAGAUGGCUCGACUACCCUACCCCAACUACCACACACCCCUGUCCAAAACACAUCCCACCCUCAACAUCAUCAAACUCCUAUCCCACAGCACCGCCACGAUCAACCACUGGACAGCGCUCGGAAAUGCCCAAUUCAAAGACCUAUCUCUCUCUCCCAGAGACCGCGAGCUCGUCAUCCUGUUGACCACAUCCAAAUUCCACUCAACCUUUGAAUGGACCCAUCAUCUUCCCGUAUCACGCAAAGCCGGCGUAACCGAGAAGCAGCAAUCCGCGCUGGAGACAUCUGCCAAGGAAAAGAAUUACUUUAUCAGCGGGAAAUAUGACCCCGAGGCGGGAUUCAGCGCGAAAGAUAUGAUCCUGCUGACGUUUGUGGAGACGAUUAUCCAACAGCCGAAUGUCAGUGAUGAGUUGUGGGAGCGUGUGAAGAGUGAGUUUUCGGAUAGGGAGAUUGUAGAGAUUAUUUCUCUUCAGGGGUUUUAUUACUCGUUUUCGCGCUUGGCGACUGUUCUACGAUGUGAUUUUGAUGAGUGGGCGAAACCUAAAUUGUGAUGGUUCUUUCUCAGGAUGGGUUGCUUUCCAAUGUGACUGGUAUAGACGGUUGUUUUAGCUGAGUUCUGUAUUGAUGAGCUCAAUCAACUGUUAUGAAAUACUUAGUUACCUUGCUACUAGUAUUUCCAUAUCGUGGUAGAAAUAUACAGUAUGGAUGGAC